ACACACAACUACCUCCAUUAGCUGAUAGCUCCACUCCAUGAUCUCCAUACUCGGCUUUUACUUCCUCAAUGUUUCAGACCACCUAACAUCAAAGAAGACUACUCAGACGACUCGGACUCAGACUCUGUCUUUGUCUCUGGUCUCCCGAUUUGUUCUCUCUUCUCUGUUACUGCAUUUCAAGCUCUCGAAGUUUCACAUCCUCUCGAAACAACCAACGCCUCAUCGUUUUCGCGGGGAAAUCGAAACCGAAUUUAACACCGGAACGACAAGGGAUCGCUAAUUUAUGGUUUAGAAGAUCCCGAGUUUGGUGAAUGCGCUUGCCAUCGGAGCUGAGACGUUUGGUUUUGGUUUCGGGAGAAGAGGAAUCAUGAAUCCAGAGCUUUUGGAUAUUCGCCCCCGUGAACUCAAGUUCACAUUUGAGUUGAAGAAGCAAAGUUCAUGCUCGGUACAACUCGUCAACAACUCAGAUCAAUGUGUAGCUUUCAAGGUAAAAACUACAGCUCCAAAGAAGUAUUGUGUGCGGCCAAAUACUGGCAUUAUUCAGCCGAAAUCGACUAGUGACUUUACAGUUACUAUGCAAGCUCAACGUGAAGCACCACCUGAUCUGCAGUGCAAAGAUAAGUUCCUAAUUCAAAGCACAACAGUUCCUCUUGGGACUACUGCAGAGGACAUUGUACCUAACAUGUUCACAAAAGAUAAUGGAAAAUACAUUGAAGAGAACAAGUUGAAAGUUGUCCUGGUUAGCCCACCCUAUUCUCCUGUUGCCUUGGUUAGCCCACCCCAUUCUCCUGUGCUGCUACCAAUAAAUGGGACUUUGAAACAGGAGCCUGACCAUGAACCUUCAACUUUAAAAGAUGAAGUACUGAAUGGAGAUGAAAACAUCCCCCCAGGUCGUAUGGAUCCUGACCGUGAAGCAACUUUAAAAGAUCAAGUAUCAAAUGGAGUUGAAAAUCUUUAUCCACCUCAUGUGGCCAUGGAGGAAGCUAAGCCUACAAAAGAUGUAGAUCAGAAACCAGCUAAGAAUGUGGAAGAGAUGAAACUUGUUGCAGAAAUUAGGGAUUUGGCUAGGGCUAUUUUUGAUUUGAACUCAAAGAUAGAGGAAAAGGAAUCAAAACUAAGGGAGGCCGAAAUUACUAUUGCAAAGCUAAAAGAAGAGAGGAGAAGGAUCACUCGAGAGAAGGAAGCAUUACAGCAAGAACUAGCAAUAACAAAAAGGCAGAGUGGUGUUAGAAAAGUUCAGGUCGGAUUCCCCUUUCUGUUUGUUGUUAUGGUUGCGCUUCUUGGUGUAGCACUCGGAUUAUGGUUACGCUCUUAAAGACAAGGGAGACUCCGAAAGACAUAACUAGGGAUGAUCUGCAGUCUGUAAUUAGUUAGAGGUAUAGAACAAACAGCCCUGUUCUCCUAUAAGGUCAAAUGCGGUUAGGAGGGGAGGAAUGGGGACCUUAUUACCUGUUUAUUAUGGCUGUCUACCACAAAUAGUGUUGAUAUGGUGUGCUUGUAAAAGAGGGGAAAAGAAAAGAAAGAUAUUGCAGUUGAAGUAACCUACGUUUUUUGAAUAAGAAGAAAUGAAGUAUGCUCUUUGGUGACAACCAGCCCACUACAUUCCAUCUUAUUAUGCCCCAAAUAUCCUGUUACAAAUAGAUGUUGCCCUCCAAAAAAGAUCAUUAACUUUUGACUUGGUUCUUUUGAUGGUUUCUUGAAUUCAAAAUCUCUUCUAUUAUCCUGUUCAA